AUGGCCAUGCGUGGCCGAAGGUUGCCUGCUUUUGCAGCAACCCACACCGCCAGGCAACGCCUUCUCCCCGCUCUAGGACAACAUACAAAACUUGCCCGAAGAUGGCAGAGCACGGUUGGCACAGGCAAGACCGGCCAUAUCGAAGCCAAAGCAGAUGAGUCAAUAUUAUUUGUCGACAACCUAUUUCCACUGAAACUAAGCUCAUUGCUACUCUGGAGGCCAUGGAAGGCUCAAAACGAUGUCCCGGAGUUGCUCAAGAAAUUUGACAAGACUUCCUUGGGCGUGUUCGAUCCUGUCAGUCUGGUGAAGCGGGCAAUUCCAGACUCCCUUUCUGUAAACAUCACUGAAGUCAUCCCCAGAACAAAAGAAGGGGGCGCCUAUGUCAAGUUCACCCAUCCCGGUGAUACAUCCGCCUCGGAACUUCAGGCAAAACUCUCACAAGCGCUGGAACAGAAUCCCGUCAAGCCAUGGUUUAGUCCCUUUCGAGGUAUCUCAACAGGUCUUGUUCUAGGCCGACCGUGGCUGGAGGAUCUUUAUAGACUUCCCAAAAGCCGUUUGCGUGUUGAGUUCGUACCGGCAAAAGACUCCGAACAGCCUGAUGAGCUUUCCCAGGAGGCACUAUACAGUGUCUUUCGUCGGUACGGAUGGAUUGCCGACAUCACCUCGCAACCGCCCGAUUCGAAAGUUCUACCCAAAUUCGCCUACGUAGACUUUGUGCUUGUCAAGGAUGCCAUCAUGGCGCGAAACUGUCUGCACGGCUUUGUUCUGCAGGAAGAGGGAAGCAAAGCUGCCACAAAGCUGAGGCUGUCAUACGAACAGCGAGUCAAACCACAUAACAUCUGGAAAUGGAUCAGCAGUCAUCCACGCAUCGUUAUCCCCAUCCUUGCCGCCUUUCUCGCCACCUUUACUGUCAUCGUGUUUGAUCCUAUUCGCGAGUUCUUUGUCAAGCACCAUGUUCAGCGAUCUCUUGAGUUUACCAAUAGUAAGCUCUACAAGUGGCUUAAACGGCAGACAUCGGACAUCCUCUCCCUUGGUAAGAAGCACGGUACCGAUGCUGGCCUGAAUGCUUUGUUCAACCACCGAAAAGACCUGAUUGAUUCAAUCAAGAGCAGCCUCCUUGAAUCGGUCGACACAUUUGUUGUCAUUCAGGGUCCCCGGGGAUCAGGAGGCAAAGAGUUAGUUAUGGAUCAAGUGCUCGAAGGACGUAAGGACGUCUUGGUGUUGGAUUGCAAGCCGGUGAUGGAGGCCAGGGGCGAGGCUGGCACCAUCAGAAAGCUCGCUUUUCAGGUUGGAUACCGCCCGGUAUUCUCGUGGGCGAACAAUCUCAGCAGCCUGGUCGACCUUGCUAUCCAAAGCACCACUGGAGUCAAGGCUGGGUUCUCUGAGAACCUCGAAGCCCAAGUAGUCAAAAUUCUUCAAACAACCGCAUCGGCCCUCAAAGAAGUCUCACUCGCUGGAAGAAAAACGGACGACCAGGAUGCCAACCUUUCGGACGACGCCUAUCUUGAGGCCCAUCCGGAGCGGCGUGCGGUUGUGGUCAUUGACAACUUCCUCCACAAGAGCGAGGAGAAGGGCAUCAUAUAUGACAAGGUCUCUGACUGGGCGGCAGCCUUGGUCCAGUCCAAUGUGGCUCACGUCAUCUUCCUCACCACUGACACCUCCUACUCGAAACCUCUGUCCCGGGCUCUUCCUGAUCGUGUCUUUCACCAAGUUACCCUGGGGGAUCUCUCGCCCCAGGUAGCCAAACAGUUUGUCGUUUCUCAGCUCGAGGCAAAUGCGCGCUUUGAUGAGAAGGCAAAGGAGGACGAAAAGGGGGGAAACGGCUCACCGCUGAAAACCGAUAGCCAAGGACGUCAGGAUCUUCAGGAAUUAGAUGAGUGCAUUGAAGCCCUCGGCGGCCGCCUCACAGACCUCCAGGUCCUUGCUCGCAGACUCAAAGUCGGUCAGAGCCCCAAGAAGGCUGUCUCUGACAUCAUUGAGCAGAGUGCUUCCGAGAUCCUCCGCAUGUUCCUGUUGACUGGCAACAAGACUGCUGGCGAAGGCGUCGACAAGGAGAGGAAAUGGUCUGUUGAGCAAGCGUGGUACCUCAUCAAGGAGAUCGCCAAGAACGACUCUCUCCGCUACAACGAGGUCCUGCUCGCCAACACGUUUGCCUCUUCUAUGACCUCCAGCGCUACCAACCCCGAAGCUGCUCUAGAGGCGCUGGCCAAUGCGGAGUUGAUCACUGUGAAAUCCCACCACGGGCGGCCAGCCACCAUCCGCGCGGGCAAACCUGUCUACCAAGCCGCUUUUACAAAGCUUCUCGAAGAUAAGGUCGUGAAAUCGAGGAUGGAUUUGGCGCUGCUGACUGAACUGUCCAAAAUUGAGGCCAAGAACAUUGACAAGGCAGAGCAAGAAUUGACUGUGCUUGCAGGCCUUCCCAACGCACCAGCGCAGGCCUCGGAUAGAGUGAAUUACUUGCUAGGCAAGCUGCAGACUAGCCAGAGAAAGAUCGAAGGGUUUGACAAGGAGAUGGGAGCACUGAAGAAGAUCUUGGCCGAGGAGGCAUAACUGUGACCUGAAUGCUACAGGCGAUGGGGCAUGGGACGAAGAUCA